AUGAACCAGGAAGGUGUGCAGAUUACUGCAUAUUUUACUAUUGAACGCUAUAUCCUCUCAUUUAGGAAAAACCAGCGUGUGUAUGAAACAAUCUUUGGAAGGCUGAAGGACGCUAUUGUUGCAGCUGGAGGGCCUCAAGACACCCGGAUCCUCCUCGACUUCCAACAAGCUGCUAUAAAGGCAGCGAAGCGGCGCUUCCCAAGCGCGUCCGUCGAGGGGUGUGCUUUCCAUUUGGCACAGGCGUGGAAUAGAAAGAGGGACGCGCUUGGGUUGCCCGAAGGUAAGAGGACCCUCCAGCUGUGCACGGGCUCGGUCGUGCACCUGCACACUAGAAUCCCCGCACUUUUCCGACCACCAGCUUCUUUGGAACCUGGUGUGUAUGAAAAGUGUGCAGAAUUCCUAGUAUAUUUGCGCAAUAACUGGUAUGAGGGUCCUUUCAGGGAUUUAUGGCAGAAGUGGGAUAAGACGCAUUUGCGCACCACUAACGCAGCGGAGGCCUUUCACAGGUUGGUGCAGUCUAGCUAUGUGCGCAAAUUCACCACUCUUUUUUCUUUUCAAGCUGACAUCUGUUCUAUUGGCCGUCAAGCACCCCCGUACUAG